AUGAAGCCGUCAACGUUCUUCGCCGGCAUCCUGUCGCUCGCUAUGGGCGCUUCAGCCGUCGAGCUGAAGAAGCAAGUGGUCGUCACCUACGAGAGCAAUACGCCCGACUGGGUCAUCUCCGAAGCCAAGGAGGCCAUCAUCAACGCCGGUGGCAUCAUCACACACGAGUACAACCUGAUCAAGGGCUUCGCUGCGACGGCAGGCGAAAAGGUCCUCGCGUCUGUCCAGACGAUGGGCAGCAAAUACCAGGCUCUGGUCGAAGAGGACAAGGUCGUGUCUGUGGAGUAA